UGCUCGCUGGUCGAGUAGACAAGUUUGUGAAAAGAUUUUUAAGUGAGGACUUGUCGAACCGCAUUGAACUUGGUUACACAAUGAAUUUGAAACACAACCUUUCGGCAUUUCAAGCGGAAUAAACACACUGCAUUGAUGUUAAAAUGAGGGCGACCCUUUUAAUCGGACUGCUUUUGCUCUUUGUCGGACUCGCACAAGGGGCUUCUUUCUAUGGUGAUGGAUUUGUGCAGUUAAAAGGAACGGAGUCGUCUAGCCGUAACACACUGCACGUCCGCUUCCGCACCUCCUGUCAGAGCGGCCUGCUUUUCCUGGCUGAAGGGCAGACUGAUUUCAUCCUGCUGGAGAUGAAUGCUGGCAGACUGCAGGUACGGUUGGACAUGGGCUCUGGAGAGCACAUCCUUCUCUCAGACAGUGGAACCCAGCUGAAUGAUUUGGCCUGGCACACGGCAGAGCUUCUCAAUGAGUAUCGCAACGUCACGCUGACUGUGGACAACCACUCCCAGAGCAGCUUGCGAAUGCCAGCUCCAGAGCAGCAGCUGGACAUCAACAUUGGUUUGUACGUUGGUGGUACUGGAGGUUUGGAUCAGCCCUACCUGGCCAGUGAUCUCAAUGGCUUCCGUGGUUGCCUUGAUGAAGUAAUAUUUAACCAACACAACCUUCUUUCUUCACUGAGGCCCUAUUCCGGAUUUAAAAAUGUCUAUGAGGUUUCUCUUGGAUGCAGCCCCCAGUUUUUCGCAAAUGAGGAAGAUCCCAUGAGUUUUUUCAGCUCAAGGGCUUACGUAUCCCUUCCUCCGUGGACGACACAACGCGAAUGGGUUUUUGAAAGCUCAGUCCACACCUCUGCCGAAGAGGGGAUUGUUAUGUACAACUCCGCACAACAGGGAGAUUUCAUCGCCUUGGAGAUCCAGAAAGGUCUGCUCGUUGCUGUCGUCGGUAAAGACGGAGCAAAAACAGAACUACGUUCUCUCGCCUUCAUCAAUGACAAUAGAUGGCAUGACAUAAAGCUUUACUUCACCUCAAAAAGCCUCCAGCUCACAGUAGACGGAGAGACCUUAAAGUCCAGCAUUAGCUCUAGAUCAAAAACCUUUCGUCUGAAAGGUUGGCUUUUCCUCGGGGGAAUUGAUGACAGCACGCGUUCUGAGGUCAGAAAGGUGGGCCUCUCUUCAGUGGCGGGAAAGCGUGUUAAAGGUGGUUCCUUCAAAGGAUGCUUCAGGAACAUUAGAGUAAAUAAUGUUAAAGUGGGUCUCCCCAAUGCUGUGGUUACUAAAGACAUCUCUGUUGGCUGUGAACCUGAAAAGGAACUGGAGAUAACCACCACAGUCAGCCCGGCAAUCCUACUCAUGACUUCUGUUGGAACUGUCACUCAACUGCCUCCCACCGAUGUCUCAACUCUAGCUAAAGGUCUUGUUAAGAAGUAUGGACAUCAUUUUCUUCAUCUUAAGAACCUUGUUGUCCCAGAAGGUGGUCGGGCAUCAUUGAAUUCAAAGCACAUUAAAGUAAACCUUGAUUUCAAGAACCUUGGUAUCCGCCAGUCACAGAUCAUCUUUAGGAUUGAAGAGCAGCCCGUGCAUGGUCAGCUUAGGCUCGAUGUGGACCAGGCGGAGCAUACCUUCAGCAUGCUGGAUUUAUGGCAUGGCAGAGUAAUGUACAUCCACGGAGGAUCUGAAGAUCCACAGGACUUUUUUAUGUUCUCCGUGUUCUCCAGUAGCAGAAAGGAGGUUCCAGGCUAUCUAAAGGGACACAAGUUGCAUCGCUAUGAUGUUACUGUCACGCCAACCAACGAUGCCCCUGAAUUGAGUCUACCUGAAGGGAAUCUAUUUGUUCUUCUUGAGAACUCUAGGAAGAAGCUGACUACUGAUGUUCUGAAGGCCAUAGACAUUGACAGCAAUUACACAGAUCUUGUUUAUUCAGUCUUGGGCAAUCUUAAUGGCGAUGCGGGGUAUUUGGAAAACGAAGACAACCCCAGUACAGCCGCAACCUCUUUUUCUCACUUGGCUCUUGCAGAAGGUAAAAUAAAUUACGUCCACACAGGAGUGAGGAACUCCAGGAUUGUGCUGAGAGUCAGCGAUGGAGAGAAAGUGAGCAACACGGUGGUGCUCAGAAUCAUGGCCGUGGGACUGGAGUAUACAAUUUCCAACAACACAGGUCUGGAAGUCACUCAAGGAGAGAUGUUUCUAAUAAGCACCAACCAACUGGCAAUCUGGACAAAUGCAGUGAAGCAGGCGGUUGACAUUCGUUUUGAUGUGAUCGAGCCACCAAAAUUCGGCGAACUCCAAAGGCUGCACUCGAAUGGAGAGUGGAAGAUCACCAGCUCAUUUUCUCAAAGAGUACUUGAGAAGGAACGUUUAAGAUACCUUAACACUUACCAGUCCAUUCAAAAGAGCAAUAGCUCGGAUCUCUUCAAGUGUAAAGUCACAGUGGCUUCCAGAGCCACAGAGGAGCUGGUGUUUCCUAUUAGAGUGAAGUGGAUAAACUACAUGUUAGAGAAGAAUAAAGCGAUAAAACUGGACAAAAUAAGAAGUGCUGUAAUUGAUUCUGAGCAUUUGUAUGCGACAGCACCCGGUGUAACUUUGUCUGAGGAUGAGCUUCGUUUUAGAUAGUUGACUCUACCAAAAAGAGGAAUACUUGUAGUGAGUAAUACAAAGUUGGCUGAGAAUUCCACAUUUUGUCAAAGAGACAUCACAGAUCUGAAGGUUGAAUACAGACUGUUAGAUAGAUUGUACGAGGACACAAGUGAUGAAUUUGUUUUCCAGAUAUUCUCAAAGCACGCACAUUCUGCUAGUCACAUAUUCAAAAUCAACAUUAAAGCAGACACCAACAGCGUUUUCAUGAAAAACAAUGGGUUGUCUCUUCUUGAAGGUGAAAGUAAACUCAUUACAAAAGACGAACUGUUUGCUGAAACUCUUAGCACUAAAGAAAUAUACUACACUGUCACAACGGCUCCACGCCAUGGCAAGCUAACACGAAUCAACCUGUCCAACUCUACCAAAGAAUUUGAUAAUAUUCUGUCAUUCACCAAUCAGGACAUUUUGGAGGAGCGUAUUAUGUACGUUCACGAUGACAGUGAAACAAAUCUUGAUCAUUUUACCUUCAUAGCAUCCAAAAGUCCAGUUACCAAGAUGACUGUGAUAGAUGAUAUUGGCUCCAAGGAGGGCAUCUUCAACAUCUCUAUACAGCUAGUGAAUGAUGAAAAACCUGUUCGUGUCAUAGACAAGAUUUUUCACGUUGUCAGAAAUGGACAGAGAUUACUAACCCUCGAUGAUCUCCGCUACCACGAUGCCGACUCAGACUUCAGUGAUGGGCAGAUUGUCUACACCAGGCGUGGUAUCCCAAUGGGUGAUUUGGUUCUUGCAAACGACACCUCACACAUGUUGUACCAGUUUCGCCAGGAAGACUUGGAACAGAAGCGAGUGUUGUUUAUUCACCAUGGGAUGACCUCUGGUCGCUUUGUCCUCUUCGUGUCAGAUGGCAAACACUAUGUUUACUCACUGUUGGAUAUUAGCGCACAGGAUGCUUAUUUAAAAGUUGGCAACAACACAGGCCUAUUGGUUCAGAAAGGCCAAACCAAGACUCUCAGUCAAGCUAACUUUAGUGUGGAUACAAACCUUGACGUCAGAAGUGAUGACGAAAUCGUAUUUAAGAUCAAAGAGGCUCCAAAACCUGGGUGUCUGUAUUUAAAUGACAGCCAGACUGAGUCAUUCACCCAGCGUGACCUGAGGAACGGCUACUUGUCUUAUCAUCAUGACAACAGCAGAAAUCUGGCUGACUUUUUUACACUUCUAGUGGAAGUGAAGGGGCUAAAGUGUGAUGCUAAAAUUUUUGUGAAAGUGUAUCUGGAAAGUCAUCAAAGACCACCGGUUAUCCUUCAUAAUAAGAUUUUACUGGUAGAGGAGGGAAAACCAGUCAAGAUUGAGAGCAGUAAACUCAAGGUCACUCACGAGGCUAGUUCCCCCUCAGAAAUAACCUUCACAGUCAAAGGAACUCCAUCUUAUGGAUACCUGCGGCAGUUUCUUGAAAGUAAAGAUGAGUACCAAGGGACAGAAGAAGAUCAGUUGAUGACUUUUUCCCAACAGGAUGUUAAUGCUGGCAACAUUCAGUACAUACACGUGACACCUGGCCAAGUGAAUGAUUCCUUCACUCUAGAGGCCACCAAUGGGGUCGCAGAGAUCAGUGACAUCAUCGUGUCUGUGGAUAUUAUCCCACUCCUCAUACCCAUUGAGGUGUCCAAUAUCAUUCUGAAGGAAGGAGCGUCUAAAGCACUCACUGAGGACAUCAUCAGAGUCACCAACCCACAUUUCUCUGGGCUUAACUUUGUGUAUUACGUUUCAGAGGGACCCCAGCACGGCCGCAUCGAAAAUUCACGUUUUCCAGGGAUGCCCACAACAUACUUUACAAGGAAACAGGUGUGGGUUAACUCAACCACAGAGAUCAUCCCUGAUGAUCUGAACGCUGAAGAUGAAGACACGCCCUCAGAACAGCUGGAGUACAUCAUAACCCAACCCAGCAAUGGUCACCUGGCUCUCAAGAGUGCCCCCAACAGACCAAUUAUGAACUUUACUCAAGCUCACAUUGCUCAGAGGCAGCUGCUUUUUCUUCAUAAUGGUCCUAUGGCAGGAGGCUUCAACUUCCAAGUAAAUGAUGGUGUGAACUUUGCCCCCAGGCAAAUAUUCAGUAUUAUGGCUCGUGCCCUUGUUCUUAAACUAGAGAAAGCUGGACCUCUUCAUGUGUUUCCAGGCUCCUUAUCCUUGAUCUCAAAAGAGGUUCUUCAUGCAGUAACCAAUGACGAUAAGAGUGUCUCAAACCGAACCAUUUAUUUCACUGCAAUCAAUCCACCAAAAUUUGGAAAACUGGUCAACAUGCAAGCAGACAAGUCCACAACAGAUAUCUUAUCCUUCACACAACAAAUGGUGGAUGAGGGUGAAGUGGCAUAUGAACAAAGUCAUGUGACCUCUUUGGGAUGGGCGGCACUUGACAAGUUCACAUUUACAGUGUCGUCCCCUCCUGCUACACUUGAAACCCAAACAUUUGACAUUGACAUUUCUUACGAACAUGUGGGAUCUGAGCGAAGCUCUGUGCUCCUCAAAAACAAAGGUGUGCAAGUAACUGAGGGAGACAAGGUGCUAAUCGACAAAUCGCUGCUGGAUGCAUCCAAUCUCAUGACUAAACUGUCUGAAUCUAAACACAGCUCUUAUGAGGUUUGGUACCAGGUCACAUCUCUACCCCAGCAUGGCGUUGUCAUCGUUGGGGAACGAAAUCUCACCAAAGAAAAACCCAAUUUCUCUCAGUUCAUUCUUAACAAGUAUGGAAUCACAUAUCAUCAUGACAACUCUGAGACCACCUGCGACCAUUUUGACUUUGACGUCUUUCUCAACCUGAAGAGCAAGCCACCAAACCGCCCCCUAGACGACUUUGAUGUGGUGUCCGAAUCUUUCAACAUCACUAUUACCCCUGUAAAUGAUCAGCCCCCGGUUCUGAAGACCAAAGCCCCCAGCCUUAAAGUUGUUCAGGGGGACACCGUGCCUAUUGGACCAGACAACUUAAAAGUUGUGGACUCGGAUAAUCUACCCAAUGAAAUCCAGUACACCGUGAUUAGCAAACCUAGCAAUGGUUUUCUUGCUCUGGCGGAGCGCUUGAAUGAGUCGGUGGAUGCCUUCUCACAAGAGCAGAUCAAUAACGGAGAGCUAUUCUUUGUCCACGACGGCAGCCCAGCAUCUGGUGCGUUCUAAUUCAGCGUGACCGAUAGCCAGCAUCGUCCGUUAUAUAAACUCUUCAAUCUGGAAGUAAUCAAGAUUACAGUUUCACUUGCAAACAACACAGAAGUGUUAAUGGACCAAGGACGUACCUCUGUGGCACUCACACAGUCACACUUAGCUGCGGUCACAAAUGGUAAGAACACUACUGUCCAUUAUAAAAUUACAAUACCUCCACGAUAUGGAAAACUUCUCCUGGACAAUGAGGAGGAGGUCACUGUUUUCAGUCAGGAUGAUCUCCAGGAGCAAAAGCUAAGUUACCACAUGGUCAACCUCACAUCUUCCCAUGAUACUUUUGAAUUUACUGCCUUUACAUCAGAAGCAAACCUAAGCAAUCAAGUAGGUAAUAUCACAGUGACACCCCUCAUUAACUACAUAAAAGGGGCAAAGUUUCAAAAUGAAAUUCGAAAUAAGCUCAAACCAGAGUUUCUGAAUGUGACAGAACUGGCUUUGUUGAGCAGUAGUGACCCAUUGUUUGAAAUUACAUCACCUCCUGAAAAUGGCAGGGUUUUCAGGACAACCAGCAACAAGGGAAGGAAAGCCGAAUUUGUGGAGUCUUUCACUUUCAGCGAACUACAACAGAAGAAACUGGCCAUUGAGUUGAGGGCGAACCUGACAGGUGUCCAGGAAUUAAAUGAUUCCUUUGGAUUUGUGCUUAAAGCUAAUAAUGUCCAACCUGCCAGAGGGAUUUUCACCUUCAGCAUCGUACCCUAUGUUCCCACACUUGUGAUGUCAACAGUCUCAAUGUCCACAAUGAGACCCGUUUUUUAUAAUCAGACCACGGAGAUAGGCCCUACUCUGUCUUCCACAUAUUCCGCUGUGCAGCCAACGCAACAGGUGACCAAAUCUACAUCAAGAUUCAAAAGUCGCAACCGCUGGGGUAGCUCAAACAGCAACGACAUACAUACCACUAUGCUUAAACCAACACAGGGUGUCGAGGAGAUUUAUCCAAUAAAUAACACCCCAGUGAAAGUGGAAUCUGUAACCCAGACAGACUCCUCAAACUCAAUGAUCAUCCUGUUGCCUCUACUUGCUCUACUUCUUCUGGUCAUCAUUGUGGUUGUGUUGAUGCUGCUCUUUAGGCGGAACUGGAGGAACAAGCAGAAUCCUGAGAAGCAGAAGGGUAAAUCACUUCCUCCACCACAGCCAGAUGAUCUAUCCAAUCAGGAUCAGCCCAAGUGGAGUUCAUCUGUUCCUGUUGUGACUGUCACUCCUCUUGAUCCAAGCAAAUCUGGAAGUUGUACCGUAACUAGACUGCAAACCAGAUGUGAAAACUCCCCGUAUGACCAGUCAAUGUCUCUGUGUUUUGUUGGAGACCUGGAGCCUGAAGUUUCACAGCAUUGUAGGACAACCAACCCCACCCUGCGAAAUAAUCAGUAUUGGGUGUGACCUUAGUCUGUACAGACCUAUUUAAACUUUAGAUCCAUCACUGUAUUGUCAAGGUAAUGACUGAGCUUGGGGUUUUACAGAGGGAAUUUGUAUUUGUAACAUUUGUUAUGAAACACUACAAGCUAUUGUAACUUCAAAAACUAUGCAAAUCGAAGCUGUCCUUCCAAAACCUUGUAUGUCCAAAUUUGCUGUUUUUCAGGAAAUGGAAAAAACACUGUACUUUUUAAAUGCGUGAAUACUGUGGUUGAAGUUGACCAGCACUUUUUAUUGGUUAGAUAUUUGCAAAACCGAGUGACAAACAUAAAGGGUGACUAAUAAUAAUGAUAUAUGGCAAAAAAUAAAAAACACAAAAUACGGAGAUACAAGGUUUCAGAAGGACGGCAUGAAUUUGCAUAUUAGGAAAAGCAUUGGGGCCUGAUGCAUACACAUAAAAUAGACACUAAAAUGUGCGUACACAGUUUUUCAUGCACAUAUUGGGAUUUACAAAAGUAAACUUCGUAAAUAUGUGCACACCCUAGUACGGAUGCUUGACUGUGUGUAGACACAUUUUAAAGAUCCAGUUUUAUACAUAAGCCCAUGAUGUUUUGCAAAUUUUGACACAACAAAUGUUUCCCCUGGAACUAAUUUUUUAGGGAAAGAACAGCCAGUUGAAAAUGCAGGCAUUACUUUUAAAGAGUACAUUCCUCCAUAUUUUUAAGGGCUUAUUUUGGUUUAUGGAGUGUCCGACAACAAGUUUAUGUACAUACAUGAUGUAAAAAUACUAUUAUUUCGUAAUAAUAAGCAGUUUUUAUUACCUUACUUCUUGACUGACUCUCAAAUGAUUCGUUCCACGAUUCAUCUGUGUAAUCUCCGCCUUUCCGCCAGUGUAGUCUGAUCUGAUUGGUCAGAUGGUCUAGUCUGCUGUGAUUGGUCAAACGCGUUCAGCAUGUGUCGCAAAUGGACCGCCUAUCAUUACUGCUGUAUUACGGUUUGCAGGUGGUUGGAUAUUAACAGUGUAUAGAGAGAGAUGGCGUCGAUUUUACCUUACCAGUUCGAGCCCGAGUCUGACGAAUCAUUCUUUAAUCCUUAUACAGAUGCCAGUAAGAAAAAGGACUGUUUUAGACACUUCUCUUGUAACAGUUAGUUAUCACGGCAUACAGUGUACGGUGUUCGUAUCUUCAGAUGUUAUUAUAACUAUAGUACACCAUGCAGUUCUUGAAAUAAAGACUUUGUGAGUUAAUAUGGUUGAACACUUACAUUAGCGCAACGAGUUUAUAGCUAACGUUAGGUAAACAAACAGUAACAACCCCAAAAAUAACGGUAACGUUAGCUAAACACAGACAUGAGAUAACGUCACACAAAUUUAAUUUUAAGUAAAGACAAAAAUAAAGAGUCACACUUACAGGUUGUGAUUCGGUGGAGCUUACAGGUCCAAAUAAAGUUGGUAUUGCAACAUCUUUUAAGGAAAGACGUUUAAUGUAUCCUGCAGUAAAGGCGCCAAGAUUGAUGAAGCAAUCUUCGGUAAAAUGACGCGCGCAAAGUAAAACGUUCGGUUUAUACUCCUUUGAUGUCGUUUGAAAAAUAAAUAAUAACCAUUUUUUCCUCAGAAGUUCUUCCUUUGGUAGUGAAAAUAAGACUGACUUAGUUUCACUACAUAGAACACAGCUUCUCUUAGACAUGAUGCACACGUCACGAACGAGCUAGUACAGUGAGCUAGUACAGUGUUUGGGGAGGAGAGAGUUAAGUUUUCGCAGUCAGUAGGCGGGGAUUUUUCUAGUGACGUAGAUACAUUGUGGUUAAAGAUUCGGACAGGUCAUGACUUGUUCGCGUGAUUCAGAGUCGAUUACCUUUUUUAUAAGCUAAUAACUUUGUUAUUCGUUCACCUUCGGAUUUACAACUUGGCAGAUUGCUUACAUUCAAACACGGCAAAAUUAAACACUUCAUGAAAUGUAUUUUUUAUGAUCUCGAGGAAUGUACUCUUUAAAGCUAUUUGCAAGUUAUGACACAAUUGUACAUUCAUGAAAUUCUACUGACAAUGGCAUUUUUAUUAGAUUUUACAAAAUUGUGUACAGUAUGUAUAAGUUAUUUCAUUUUAUUUUUUAUUUCUUUGCUUUAUACACAUUUGUAAGGGCACAUGUAACUUUUGUGUCUACCUCAAAUCAAAUGUACUCAUGACAGUUUAAACAAAUGGGGCAGUUGUGGCCUAAUGGUUAGAGAGUCGGACUCAUGACCAGAAGGUUGCCGGUUCGAUUCCCAGGGCCGGCGGGUAACAACUGAGGUGCCCUUGAGCAAGGCACCUUACCCCUACUUGCUCCCCGGGCGCUGUAGUGAUAGCUGCCCACUGCUCCGGGGGUACGUGUGUUCACUACUCUCUGGAUGGGUUAAAUGCAGAGGUCACAUUUCGUUGCCUUGUACUUGUGCAAUGACUAUAAAUUGAAUCUAAAAAAAAAACAAAAACAAAUGGGGGAACCAUACAGUAAACCACUGGUGGACAUGUUUGGCAACCAGAAAUUUUGAAAUAGUUCAAAAUUAUUUCAAAUGUUCAACAAUAUAUCUCUUAAAUGUAAUGUUUUUGAAUUAAAUGUUUUGUUCAAAAAGUGUAUUAAUGCUAUAUUUAAAAUGUAUACAUUUUUUAAUAUCAUAGCUAUAUGAUCAAAUGGAAAUGUCUCACAGGAUUGCGGUUCCCCGUAUGGUGGCAGAAUUUACAGAGACAGUAUGUUACGCUGAAUUAAUUUCAUUCAGUUAACAUUUUGCGGUACUAUACAUUUGUAGACUAAACAUAUUUAAAGCUGUAAGGAUGUUUAUUUAUUACAUUAUUUGUAUAUCUGCAUUUAUUCUGGCACUGAGACAACAUCCUAGAGGUAGAAAUGUGUGGUGUGCACAUCUUAAUGGCACAACAAGGUAUAUCUUUUGGGUAUGUUUUACUUAAUCAUAAUGUGUGUAAUAAUUUAAUUGUUUAUAUAAAUGUUUUUAUACUCAGGAAAUUCCCUUCAGAAAUAAUUGUUUAGAUUGAGGUAAAACACUUUAAAUAAUGAUGCAAUAAGUUGAAACCACUGGAUUCCUGGCACUUAUUUCCUUGUAUGGUCAAUUAAACACUAUUACUGGAAGUAAACUACAUAAGUGUAGCUAAAUUUAGCAGCUGUGGUCAGAGUGCAUUAUCAUUGCAUUUCACUGCAUUUAGGCAUAUGGUGCUGUAUGUAGCAUUAGAAAAAUUGUAUGCCCACAGUGACCUCCAUACUGUACAGAAAUGUGGAUUUCAAACAACCUGGAAGUCACACUUUACAGAAUAGAGAUACCAUUUCAAAGGUUGGUGCUCACACUAGACAUUUAGAGCUUGUUCAGUAUUUCUGAUUUCUUUUAUUGUAUAUUUUUGCUCAUGUAUUUAUUUAUAUUAUAGACUGAAUAUUUCUUUUUGUCAAUAAACAGCAUGUCAGCACA